AUGCGUCGCGUUUCGAUACGUCUAAUUGUUUCGGCUAUUGCAUUAUCAGUGUGUUUUUUUGUAUUGAUAUUUAUUAUUAUUAAUGUUAAUGAUCAUACGGAGCAUCUCGAACUGCCACCAUAUAAAUGUGAAUGCCCAUUGGUAGUGGAGCCUGGUUCGAAGGCAGAAAAACUCGUUGUUCCAAAAAUAGAAGCACCGUCUAUCUCAAAAAUGGAUACUGCAAGUAACAGCACGCAAACAAUGCCACCGUUGCCUAUUUGCAGACCAGUUGAUAAAAGUCAACCCGUACAGCGAGCAAUUAUUAUUUAUUAUCCACAUCAUCAAAGUGAAUAUUUUUUUCCCGAAGUCAGAUGGCUCUAUCGUUCUUGGGCGGAAAUGUUACGUGAUCAACCGCCGACAUGGCGCACAGAUUUUCUUAUAUUUUCAUAUAAUCUUUCAAUAGAAUUUCAAAGACUUGGAUGUGUUAAUCAUAUUCGAAAAACUAAAGACGAACCAUCGGUGUGUCGUCUUUUUCUCUAUGUUCCAAUACAAUUUCGAGUAAAAGCUGUCACCGAAAAUAAUUACCAACACGCAUUUGAUCAUAUCAGAGAUUUCUCUAAAACGACAAAUCAGAAAAUCGAAGAAAUAGUUACCUUACCUAAAACAAACGAUCCCAUGAUAUAUGAUGUUAGACGUUCUGAAAAUCUAUAUACGCAUCUUCGAACAUAUGGAUAUAUUGAUUCAAUCAACACAAUCUUUGAAGGUUACAAAACAUUCAAAAUGUACGAUUUUGUGUUAAGAACUGAUAUUGAUGUUUUUAUUUAUCGUCAUUUUGGACACUAUAUUCCUGCAAAUUGUACUCUAAUAACUGGUGGCGGUGGCUAUGGUACGGAUUUUAACCGAAGGAAAUUGAGACGCAUUGCUCGUGAUAUGGACUUUGCACAUGUUGGCCUAUCUGGCAUGGGUUCAACAUGGUAUGGAUCAGCUUAUGAUGGAUAUUUGGUUGCUAAUCAAACAUUAAAUGGCAUGCUUUGGUUAGCACAAUAUGAAUUCGCUACACCAGAACGAGAGUCAAAAUUAGGUACAUUAAUGUGGCCACAAUGGCAUUACGGUGUUUUACUUCUCUAUGGUCAACAUUUAGCAAUUAAUCAUUUAGUUGGUACAAAUCAAAUUCGAAUUCGAAUAGGUUCUGAUCUUCUCGAUCAAUCAACAACAGAUGCUACGACACCAUAUGUUCAACAAGGCACACGUCUUAAUCUUCAUUGUUGGCAUACAGAUAACCGUUUUUCUAAAUUCGCAUUUAAAAUGGGUCACUAUAAGCAAGCGGAAUUGGAAAAAUACCGAAAUGACACGACAGCACAAGCUUAUGCAAUGCGAAUGGCUCUUGAAUCUAAAUAUAUGACACUUGAACAUAUGGCAAGUUUGGUGCAAAAUAUUUCAACAUCAUCUUAA